CCUAUCUCCCCCUAAUACUAUCUAAAGAACGGUGGGAUCAUGUCCACCUUUGACGGCAUUGUCCCAGAAUUUCCCUCCAUACAAAUCGAUUACUUUCGCAAGAGCCCAGAUCGACCUCCUCCCCUGGUCUGCUUCCUGAGCCAUGUGCACAGUGACCACCUGCAGGGGCUCGAGUCCUUUCGGGCUCCCUUCAUCUACUGUUCAGCAGCCACCCGAGAGCUGCUGCUGCGGAUCGAGAAGUACCCUCACCGGAUGAACUUCAGUAAAGGCAUCCUGGAAUCGCGACGGCUACAUUACAAGCACCUGGCCAAGCUUUUAAGGCCUAUUCCACUAGGCACGCCCACGGUGAUCGACCUGACCCCCCGGUUGUCCAUUAGGGUCGUCCUCAUCGAUGCGAAUCAUUGCACCGGGGCGGUGAUGUUCCUGAUUGAGGGCGAUGGGAAAGCCAUUCUAUACACCGGUGACAUCCGAGCUGAACCCUGGUGGGUCAACAGCAUCAUUCGGCACCCGGUGCUGAUUCCCUACACGCUGGGCACCAAGCAGCUGGACAAGAUGUACCUCGACACCACCUUCGCCCGCCCCUCGCACAUCUGCCGGGUGUUCCCGUCCAAAGCAGAAGGUCUGGCGGAGUUGCUGCGCAAGGUCGAAGCCUACCCCGACGACACGACGUUUUACUUCCGAGCAUGGACGAUGGGGUAUGAGGAAGUCUGGGUGGCUCUUUCGGCUGCGCUCAAAUCGAAGGUGCAUGUGGACCGAUACCAGAUGGAUCUCUAUAGGUCGCUGAGUUCCUCGCGGGUGGAAGGGGGCAUCAGCGAGGUACCCUCGCUCUGCGGCUUCGACUUGGGAAACCGCUUUGUGCCUGGCUGCCUGAGUGAGGACGAGCGAGCGCAGAUUCAUAGCUGCGAGCCCGGCGUGCAGUGUUCGUCAGUAGCGCGGUCCCGAGAUGUCGUUUACAUUAUGCCAGUGGUCAAUCGAACCAAGGAUGGCGUCGAGGUGCCUGAGUUAGGGGCUGGCGGGGGAGGGGGCGACUUGUACCAGAUCCACGAGCUCGAACUCCCCGACAAGUCUGCCUUGGAGCAGCUGGAGAAGCUCUGUCUCGAGCGUAUCCACGAUACCCAGGCGCUCUCGCACACCCGACAGGCGCUGAUCGAGGCAUUCGAGUCGAAGCGCAAGGUGCUGCCAUUAGAUCGCUUCGGGAUGAAGGACGGCGACGAGAUAUCACUGGAGAGGUUGGUCAAGAUGCUGGGUCGUGGUCGCGUUGAGGAAGCCCAACUGCCCGGGCUGUGGACCGAAAACACUCCCACCGGAGACGCCCUCCCAAGAGUCAUUCGAUUCCCCUACUCCCGACACUCCUCGUACACCGAGCUAUGUGACCUUGUCGCCGCCUUCAGACCCAAAGACAUCCAUCCCUGCACCGUCGACCCGGGGACUUGGACGGAAGAGGUGUCUAUGCAGAACCUCUUCGGCCACCUCUGUUCCGCCACCGUGUUUGCCCACGACGAGCUGAUGCGCCACCUCACCACCACCGACAAGGAGCUGAUGCAUCGCAGAAAACGCCUGCGAGAGGAGGCGGAGGCGCUCUCUGUAACUCCCCAAUCCACCCAGCAGUCUUCCAGCAUGUUGCCGCCGGAGCCCAAAAGCCAAAGCCCCUCCACCGAAGAAGACCUCAACCUCCCGUCCUCCUUCGCCACCAUUAACGAAACCACAUACAAUCCCACAUCUUUCGCGCCCACUAAUCCCAAACCUACUACUACAACGAACACACCGCCAGCCCCAGCCCCAGCCCCCUUCCCCAUCGCCCCGCCCACCCCCCGGACAGCCCAAACCCACCGCCACGCCCUGCACCAAGCAUGGACCUUCCUCCACACCAUGCCAGACUCGCAACGGGAAGCAUACAACCUCAGCUCUCUGCCCUCCUCCUGGCCCACAGCGGUAGCACCCGAUCACUACUUCCCCGCCGAUGAGCCGGAAAUGAUGCAGGAGGAUCCAUCGCCCGAGGGGGGCGAGAAAACCGUUCCUCCUUCGCGGGAUUCCUCCCCGGAAAGGAUGCGGCCAUCUCUAGCUCCUCCUCCUCCUCCUGCUGCUGAAACUGAAUCCCAAUCCCAGCACGACAACCACGGAUCAGAACGGAUCCCUUCCCCAAGGCCAGACCUCCCCGCACCCUCCUAUCCAGACCCUCAUCCCACUCUGAAUUCGUUCGACGAAGUAUCAGACGAAGACACCCAACCCCUCAUAGACGACCUCGCCAGCAUAAUCACCACCACCGAGCAUUCCUCCUCGGAUGGAGGUAGCACCAUCACCACCACCACCACCCCGUCCUCGCGUUCACUCAAACGACAACGCCAACGCCACCGCCAACAACAUCAAUCCCCAACACCAACACCCCCAGCACCAGCAACACCUCACCGGAAACGAACCCGGACCCGGACACGAACACUCACCCGCCGACAAGACGCCUACCUCGCUGCGCAGGCGGACAGCUACGAGGCGUGGGCGCUGGCGGCGCCGUUGAUGUCGACGGGGAAUAAUCAUACCGAGGAGGAGGUGGAGCUAUAACCUUUCUCUGGGGAUGUCACGGGGGGAGGGAGGUUGUUGAAAGUGGGUUCUGGGGAGGUGAUUUCUUGGUCAAAAGAGUUUGGUAACUUUUAAAUAGAAGCUGAGGCCGGGAUUCGGGGUUUCCGUUAGAGGGGGCUGUAUCUGUUUGUAUCUGUAUGUGUACUGAAGCGAUUUACUUCCUAGUACUCACUU